GACAAUGGGGUGAGCACUCGCUCUCCAGCUCCGAUCCGGCCCUCCUCCUGAGCCCCCAGCAGAGCCCGCUGAUGACUCAGUCCCUGCUGUUCAGCGGCUCAGUCUUGGCUCAGUUCUGCGGCCUCAGUGAGGCAGGCGCCUGGCUUCUGGCUUCUCAGAGAUGGGUGAAGACAUUGUUGCUGCCCCCUCAGAAGGGAAAACAGGUUGGGAGGAGAGGCAGCGCAGACAUGUGCACUGUCGAGGUCUGUGCUGGUGCAGGGAGCUCAGAGGCCUGGAGCGGGUUUUGCACCUACCUUGCAGGAAACUCAGGGGGCAGCGGCCCCCAAGCCUGCGCCAGGCCCGCGUCUGCUGGCUGCGUGUUGCCUCUUCUAAUAACAGAUCCUCACAGACUUUUCCAGCCUGCAACCUUCCUAAAAGGCAGUUCCCAGCUAAGGAGUUCCAUCCGUGCCUUUUUGGCAGGAACCAAAUUUAGCAGGCUUGCUAGCUUUUCAUGCCCUGAAGAGGCAUAUUUUAAAAAGCUUGUUUUUGUGGGAAAAUUUAAAACAUACACAGAAGUAGAAUAUUACAGUAGAAUUCCUUCUACCUGUCAUGCAACUUCAGUGGUUAUCACAUUUGCCAACAAACACGAUGUAAAGGCCCGGGACAAGGUUGGGAAGGCCCUGGCCCCCAUGGCCACUCUUCCCCGGGCAGAGGCCUCAGGCCUGCUCCCACAUCUCCAACCUGCUUGGGUCACAUGGAGAAUUCAGAGUUCGUAUCUUUUACAGCUCAUGGACUCCACUGUGUGUCAUCCCCCCCAACCCCGUGUAACAGCUUAAUUGCCAAGUGAUGAGGUCAAAUAAAGGAAAGCAUUUAUAUUUCUUCUGGAUAGCAAUUGCGUUUAACUUCUAUGACUAAUGCCAUCCUCUCCCUCCUCCCCACCCAAUGCCAGCUUCUCCCCUCAGGAAUCUCUGAGCCGGAUGAAGUCGGGCCGUUAAGGCCCAAGGUUCCAUGGUUUGGUGUUGGGAGCUCCACAACUUCCAAGUAAUACUGGCUUCUUCCAAAACAGGAGAGGAUGGAAAAUGAUGCUUUAGGUGUUAAAAUAUUUUUGGAGCAUUGAGUACUUGAAAAUAUGUGCUCUCAGCUGUUUUUAACUGAACUUCGAGUCUCUUCACUCUCUUGUUCAGAACAUUUUGUAAUAUGUGAAACAUUUUAUAAUUAAAACUCUGAACUGCAGAUUAAGUUUGACAUGAGGUUGUGUAAUGUUCAGAUUGAUUAAUGGCAUUUUGUUGUGUAGGA